AUGGCAGCUCUCCGCUUAACUCCAUCUCUCCCUCCCAACUUCUACAGACAAUCGAAACCCUCCCCCCAAUUCCAUGGAAUUACUCCACAUCUGAAUCGGCAUUCCGGCCGCCUCUCCGCCUACAAAGUGGUGAUAGAGCAGGGCGACAAACUGACGGAGCUGGAAAUCGAUGAAGACGAGACGAUCCUGUCGCGGGCCCUGGACAUGGGCCUCGACGUGCCGCACGACUGCAAGCUCGGCGUAUGCAUGACGUGCCCGGCGAAGCUCGUCUCCGGCAAGGUCGAUCAGAGCGAGGGCAUGCUGAGCGACGACGUCAUUGAGCGCGGCUACGCCCUCACUUGCGCCGCCUACCCGCGCUCCGAUUGCCACAUCAAGAUCAUCCCCGAGGAGGAAUUGCUCUCCCUCCAGCUAGCUACUGCCAAUGACUAGAAUCUUUUUUCUUACUUGCAAUAUUCAGUAUUAUAUGAGAGUUGUUCCCCCUCUAUGUGUUGUUCAAACCUAUGCACUGUCCUAACGUUUCAAUUUCUCAUCAAACGACUUGCUUAU